GUUGGAUGUUCGUUUCUUUUGUCGGUAAAAUACGACUCAAUUUCUCGACUUGCACCAACUGACAAUAAAACCAAGAUUUUAAACUCAACUCACAGUAUUUGGAGAAAACAAAUCAUUUUACGUACUUGUCUGCACCAGUGUUCCCUUCACAACGAGUCAAACGGAAGACGCUUUUGAGGAGUCUCUGAAAUACCACCCGGCUACAUGAGUCGGUGUGCUUUGAACACAAAAACGAACGCUCCCGAGGUAACGCGGGAAACGCUACUGUGUUGGUUCAGUGUUUUCCAGAGAAGAGCAACCGCCACGCUAAUCCACAUGUUUACGGAUAUUAUCAUUAUCAGUGCCAACAAAUGACCUGACCCCGACAGUCUUUAGCUGUUUCGCUCCGAUCUGAGAAAGUGGAACCUCGACAACACCGCUGCCCUCGGCAGGCUGUGGUGUAUCCGGACCGUUUGAACUAACGAGGAGCAGUUAAUUAUAUGUCGGUCCCCGCGCUGCUCGUUAACGUUUGUCUCUGUAGCCACCGAGCACUUGUUAGCUCACACACAAAGAGUGGAAUCUCGCUAACUAGCUAGCUAAACAACCAACAAACCUCCAGUUCUGUUGAUUUGAAAAAUGGAUACGUUUCAGAAGGUGGAAAAGAUAGGAGAAGGGACGUAUGGAGUGGUUUACAAAGCCAAGAACAAAGUCACCGGAGAAACUGUUGCGCUGAAAAAAAUCCGACUAGACACGGAAACAGAGGGUGUACCAAGCACUGCCAUCCGAGAGAUUUCACUUCUCAAAGAACUCAGUCACCCAAAUAUAGUCAAAUUGCGGGAUGUUAUCCACACCGAGAACAAGCUCUACCUUGUUUUUGAGUUCCUUCAUCAGGAUCUAAAAAAAUUUAUGGACUCCUUCACAGUCGCUGGUAUCCCACUGCCUUUGGUUAAGAGUUAUCUUUUCCAGCUGUUGCAAGGCCUGGCCUUCUGCCACUCUCACAGGGUUCUUCAUCGAGACCUGAAGCCCCAGAACCUCCUCAUCAACGCCCAGGGGGAGAUCAAGCUCGCUGACUUUGGCCUGGCAAGAGCCUUCGGGGUGCCCGUCCGCACAUACACACAUGAGGUGGUAACACUUUGGUACAGAGCACCAGAAAUCCUCCUGGGCUGUAAAUACUACUCCACAGCUGUCGACAUCUGGAGUCUGGGUUGCAUCUUUGCUGAAAUGCUCACCAAGAGGGCCUUGUUCCCCGGCGACUCUGAGAUCGAUCAGUUAUUCCGAAUCUUCCGCACCUUGGGCACACCUGAUGAGACUGUCUGGCCUGGAGUCACAUCAAUGCCCGACUACAAACCAUCUUUCCCCAAGUGGGCCCGGCAGGAAUUAUCUAAAGUGGUGCCGAUUCUUGAUGAGGAUGGAAGAGAACUGCUUGGAGAAAUGCUGAAUUAUGAUCCAAACAAAAGGUUAUCUGCCAAAAACGCCCUCGCACAUCGAUACUUCCGCGACGUCACCAUGCCAGUUCCUCAUCUGAGACUCUGAGUCAAGCAAAAUAUCAGUCCAUUAUUAACGCCAACAAUGUCUAAGCAAUAAGGACCUGCUCGCUUCAUAGCCACGGCUGGAAUGGACAGAAAAUGUGGACACUACAGGAUAUGUUGGAUCCUUCAAAGGAUAUUUGUUAAUACCUAAAACCAGCUUUCUAGAUGACAGACAUCCCGAGAGGUUUGCUGUUUUUUCAGCCAUGAUGUUAUAAUAGUUAUAAAUGCUAAACUGUAAUUUUCAAUAUCAAUAUCAUUUUGCAUAUUUGUGUACAACUGCCAUUUUUGAUGCUAAUGUUAUUUGUGAUUGGGAUGGUCCUGUGACUGAGUGCAGGUCAGGUAGACUCAUUCUAGUUAUCUGCCAUUACCCAAUCUGCCAAUACAGCCUUUUCCUAAUUUAAAUGGUAUGUUGGCUUUAGGAAGUCCAAAUUCAAAUAGUCAGUUAGUUAGAAUUAAAUAUGAUUGAAUAAGUGUGUGGGAUAGUGCCAAUAACAAAUGUCAUGCUUUGUUGACUGAGCAGCAGCUGAAUGAAAGAGGUAGGGGACAGUUGUCACACAACGAACGUCAGCUAACAACAGUUUGUGCUAAAAGAACAUGAGACUACGGUUGUGUUCUUUUAGGUUGAUUUUCUUGCACUUAAAUUCUAUUUUUGGGUUUAAAGUAUCUUGAAGUGGUUUUAUAACGGCACCUUUAGUUUAACACACAAACAUGUUUAUUGGUCGUUCAGAUUUGUUGGCAGGAUUACUCCCCCAGACUGAAGUUCUCAGAGCUUUGUACAUACAGUUGUGAAAUACAAAUUAUCCCUGUUGUAAUUCAGAUUUUACGGAAUUUAAAGUGCUGUUGCAUCUUUCUUACUCUAGAUUUUAUUCAAACGUUAUGAACCGUUUUUAUGGAUAUUGUUUAUUUACAGUUUGAAAAAAAUAAACUUGUUUAAACAACUGUUA